UACGUCCAUGGCGGACGUGGUUGAAUGACGCGUUGACACGUUCCCGGCGCACGCGGCGAGCGUAAUUUGGACUUGAUAUUGUGAAAGCUGACUGCGGGCGAUUGUCGUUCAACGUCCUCGCGAUUGUUUGCGCGCGCGAUGUCCGCCGACAAGGCUGCUCUCGCGGACGGCGGUGCCGCCGAGAGCGGCAGGAGUCGCUUCACCCGCGGUGCAAGGCGGAGAGGUGGCUGCCAGAACAAGUUCGGCGGAAGAGGCUUCAAGCGCGCGCUCGACCGGUCGCCGCGGGAAAACGCGAAGAGGACGAAACUGGACGUCGGCAGCAGGCUCAAGGAAUCCGACAUAGGAAUUACAGAAUACAUCGGCGGCCACUCGGGCUUCUUCGCGAUAAUCAAAGAGAGAUACAAUGAUUUUCAUGUCAACGAGAUAGGUCUCGACGGAGAAGUGGCCAAGCUGACCCGUCAAGACGUCCCGCACAUUCCCUGCGACAACGAAAGUAUCGAGGAUCUGAAAACGCUGGUGUCGCCGGUGAUAUGGGACCAGCUGCAGGCUCUGGCCGAGGCGAACCCUUCGAGCGUGGAGAUCGACGUGACUGGCGUCGAUAAGGUCGAACGCAGGACUAUUCAUAAAAUUGCAAAGAGACUGGCGGACGUAGUCAGCCAGACGGUAGACAGGGACGAUAAAAAGUUCCUUACGAUCGUGCCGAGUGGGAACAGCGAUAAGGGUGUUCACAAGAUACGCCAGGACAAGAGGAUAGAUUGGAACGGAUGCGGCGGGAAUUACUGCCACUUUCUGUUGCACAAAGUAAACAUGGACACGAUGAGCGUCGUGAAUCAGCUGGCGACGAGCCUGCGGAUACAGCCGAAUAACAUUUGUUACGCCGGCACGAAGGACCGCCGCGCGUGGACCACCCAGUGGAUGAGCUUGAAGAAGGUCGACCCGCGCAACAUACUGAGAGCCGGUAGAAGUGUACGCGGCGCGUACGUAGGGAACUUCAAGUACGCCAAAGACAGCCUGAAAUUGGGGAUGCUGCGCGGCAAUCAAUUUAGGAUCGCGCUGAGAAAUGUUUGCGAGACGGACGAAAAGAUCGAGCAGGCAAUGACGUCGUUGCGCGACAAUGGCUUCAUUAAUUACUACGGUUUACAAAGAUUCGGCACGGUGCCUACCAUACCCACGCACGAAAUCGGGAAGUGUCUGCUCCAGGGUAAAUGGCGCGAGGCGAUUGAAUUAAUCUUGAAACCGCGGCCGGAAAACGACAAGGAAUUAGCAGAGGCUAGACAGGUCUAUGCGGAGACCAAGGACGCCCGUGCGGCCUACGCCAAGCUCAAGAGAAUCGAUACGAUCGAAGCCAGGCUUCUGAAAGGUUUACAAAUGUCGGGUGAAAAGAACCCUCUGGGCGUGCUCGACUCGGUUCCUCGAAACAUUCGAUUAAUGUACAUUCAUGCUUAUCAGAGCUUCGUAUGGAAUCACGUCGUUUCGAGAAGAAUGAAGCAGUUCGGGACAGACGUGGUCGUAGGUGAUUUAGUUUAUGAUAAACAGAAUUGCAAAGAGAUUGUAAGUGACGAGAUUACGGAUUAUCCUUUGAAUGGUAGCGAUGACGUGGAAGAUAAAACUGAUAUCGUCCCUGCCGAAGAAAAAGAUAUCGAUCCAACGUCAAGUGAAGCGAGUAAAGAGAAUUUGGAGCGAAACUGUCCAGUGGUGAAAAUUCUAACGGAGGAGGAUUUAUCAAGUUACACUCUGGCGGAUGUGGUCAUGCCUCAGCCUGGAUGGAAAGUUACGUAUCCUCCGUAUGCGAAGGCUUGGUUCGACGAAUAUUUAGCCAAAGAUGAAUUAACUACCGAUCUUAGGCAAAACAAUAAAAAAUACAGCUUGAGCGGAGUCUAUAGAAAUGUACUAGAAAUCCCGACAAAUCUAUCUUGGAAGAUCAUGCGCUACGAAAAGAAACAUGACGAUCUAUUUCUAUCGGAUAUCGAUGAAAUGAGGAAGCUCGCGGCUCCACAGGAUAAGCCGGAUGGGAAGAACAAAGCAUUGAUCAUGGAGAUAUGUUUGAAGUCUAGCAGUUAUGCCACAAUGGCCCUGCGUGAAAUUUUAAAAAACGAUACCUCGGCGGAAACGCAGGCCGCUUUAUCCGCAACUUACGAUGCGGAGCAUACGCAGCCCGAUGCGACCAUCGUAGACGAAUCUGGUAACGAAGACUCUGCGGAAAUUGAGAAAGAUAGUACAGUGAAAAAUGUCGAACAUGAAAAAAAUAGCGAUACAGAGAAAGAUGGGGCGAUGAAAUGAUGCGGAGAACUGAGACGUGUUAAAGUUCACUGUAAAAUAAAAUAUCUUUCAUAAAUUGUUAUAAAACAUUGUAUUACGAUAUAUACAUUCUUUAAAUAAAAACACGUGACCGAAAU